AUGUCUACUCAAAUAGAAACUACAACCUCAUCAAGUACUUCAAUACGACCUCCAAAACAAAAUGAACUUACUGAUGGUAGAAAACAACCCGAUUAUACAUAUUUGCAAAGUUGGAAAGAUUGGUUUAAACAAAGUUGGGAUUCAAAUUAUUCAGAUGAAUUAGUUGAACAUAGAUUAUUAUCAAGUUUACCAUUUUAUCCCAAAUCAGACGGGAAAAGAAUUGCUAAACUUAUAAAUACAGACAUUGGGAAUGGUGAUUAUAUACAUGAAUUUUAUAUUGAAAAUAUCGAACCACAACCCAAUUCAUUAGUUAAGAGUGGAUCUCCACCUUGUAAGGAAAUUGUGCUUGUUCAUGGUUAUGGUGCUUCUUUAGGUUUAUUCUUAGACAAUUUUGAUGAUUUGACAUCUAUACCAGGUAUCAAAUUACAUUGUAUUGAUAAUCUCGGACAUGGAUUUUCAUCAAGAUCUAAUUUUCCUUCAUUUCCUUCAAAUACAAAAGAAGAAGUAUAUAAAGUUGAAGAUUGGUUUAUUGAUUCAUUUGAAAAAUGGAGAUUAAAAAGAAACAUUAAUAAAUUUAUACUUGCUGGACAUUCAUUUGGUGGUUAUUUAGGCUGUGCAUAUGUUUUGAAAUAUAAUAAAGCAAAUAUAGUAGAUAAAUUGAUUUUGAUAUCUCCGGUUGGGGUAGAAAGGAAUAAAUUUUCAUUAAUUGAUGAUGUUAAAAUCGAGCCUAAAAUAUCAGUAGAGCAAGAAAUUUUAGCUGACCAAGAAGAUAUAAUACAAUACAAAAAUAUAGAUGAAUCAGUAGAAGAUCCAAAAUCAAGGAAGCGUAAAAUUUUUGAAUACUUAUGGGAACGUAACGUUUCUCCAUUUUCAAUAAUUCGAAAUGCUGGACCAUUGAAAUCUAAAUUUAUAAGUAAGUGGACUACUCAUAGAUUUGCUCAUAUUUAUUAUCAAGAUCAAACUCAAUUUCAAAACAUUCAUGAUUAUGUAUAUAGAAUAUUCAAUGGUAAAGGAUCAGGAGAAUAUGCAAUAACGAGAAUAUUAUCAGUUGGAGCUUUGGCAAAAUUACCAUUACUUGAUAGGUGUCCUGCUAAAUUUGUUGAUAUGAAUUUGCCUAGUUUAUGGCUUUAUGGAAGUAAAGAUUGGAUGAAUGAUGAAGCAGGAUUAGAAAUGACAAAUGAGAUAAAUAAAUUAAGUAACAAGAAAUAUGGUAAGAAUUUAGCAGAGUUUGGGAUUAUAGAUAAAGCGGGUCAUCAUUUAUAUCUUGAUAAUCCUCCUGAAUUUGCAAAAUCAAUAUUUAAGUUCCUUGGUUUCAAAAAAUAG